UUGCCGAGUGAAGCAGACGCAAAGGAUUUGAAACGAUGGCAAGCAAGAAAAUAGCACUUUUGAGUGUCUCGGACAAGACGGGUUUGCUGGAGCUGGGCAAGAAUCUGUCCGCCUUGGGCUUUGAGCUGGUGGCCAGCGGCGGCACAGCCACAUCCCUACGUGGAGCUGGUCUCGUCGUCAAGGAUGUCUCUGACAUUACGGGUGCCCCAGAGAUGCUGGGCGGACGUGUGAAGACACUUCAUCCGGCUGUCCAUGCGGGCAUCUUAUCGCGCACUACAAACAGCGAUCUGGCGGACAUGAAGCAACAACAUUAUGAUCUUAUCCAACUCGUUGUCUGCAAUCUGUAUCCAUUUGCCAGCACAAUUGCCAAACCGGAUGUCACAGUCGCCGAUGCUGUGGAGAAUAUCGAUAUUGGAGGCGUCACAUUGUUGCGUGCUGCGGCCAAGAAUCAUCAACGUGUCACGGUCAUCUGUGAGGCCGUCGAUUAUGCCCGCGUGCUGGCCGAGAUCGCUGCCAAGGGGGACACCACACCGGAGACUCGCCAGGCGUUGGCUCUGAAGGCUUUCACCCACACGGCCAGCUAUGAUGAAGCCAUCUCCGAUUACUUUAGAAAGCAAUAUGGAGCUGGCUCUUCCCAGUUGACUUUACGCUAUGGCAUGAAUCCUCACCAGAAGCCGGCGCAACUCUACACACAGUUGGCUCAGUUGCCUUUGCGUGUGUUGAAUGCUUCGCCGGGAUUCAUAAAUCUGUGCGAUGCCCUCAAUGGCUGGCAAUUAGUCAGGGAACUGAAGCAAGCUCUCAAGUUGCCGGCGGCAACGAGUUUCAAGCAUGUGUCGCCAGCUGGCGCUGCUGUGGGUGUGCCACUCAGUCCGGAGCAGGCAAAGCUCUGCAUGGUCGAUGAUUUGUAUGAGCAACUGACGCCAAUGGCCACGGCUUAUGCCCGAGCUCGUGGCGCCGACAGAAUGAGCUCCUUUGGUGACUUUGUGGCACUUUCCGAUGUCUGCGAUGUGCUCACAGCGAGAAUCAUCUCCCGUGAGGUCUCCGAUGGCAUAAUUGCCGCUGGUUACGAGCCCGAGGCCUUGGAGAUUCUCAAGAAGAAGAAAAAUGGCAGCUAUUGCAUUUUACAGAUGGAUCCCAACUACGAACCCAGUGCUGUGGAGCGUAAGACCAUCUUUGGCUUGACUUUGGAGCAGAAACGUAAUGAUGCCGUCAUCGAUGCCAGUUUGUUCUCCAAUGUGGUCAGCAAGCGUACUCCAAUGCCCGAGGCUGCAGUGCGUGAUCUCAUUGUGGCCACAAUUGCCCUCAAGUAUACGCAGAGCAACUCCGUUUGCUAUGCCCGAGAUGGCCAGGUGAUUGGCAUUGGCGCUGGCCAACAAUCGCGCAUCCAUUGCACACGUUUGGCCGGCGAGAAGGCUGACAAUUGGUGGCUUCGCCAGCAUCCCAAUGUGGCAGGCAUGAAGUUCAAGGCGGGCGUAAAGCGUGCCGAGAUUUCCAAUGCCAUUGACAAUUAUGUGAAUGGCACCGUUGGCAAGGACAUGCCCAUCACACAGUUCCAGAGCAUGUUCGAUAAGGCGCCGGAGCAGCUGACAACGCAGCAGAAACUCGACUGGCUCAAGCAAUUGAAUGGCGUCGCUCUCGGCUCAGAUGCCUUCUUCCCCUUCCGCGACAACAUUGAUCGCGCUAGAUUGAGCGGCGUCUCGUACAUUGCCAGUCCAGCUGGAUCCACAAACGAUGCGGGCGUCAUUGCGGCCUGUGAUGAGCACGGCAUCAUCAUGGCACACACCAAUCUGCGUCUGUUCCAUCAUUAAAUCAAAUACUUUAAUCAAAUGAAUAGAAUCUGCAUAGCAUUCCUUACAAACAGUAAAUAAAAGACACAGUUUUUUUAAGUUAGUUAAA